AUGAGGAAACUGAAGCAAACAGGGUUAAGUGACUUGCUCAGGAUCACACAGCCUGUUUCUGAGGUCAGAUUUUCAAUCAAGAAGAGGAGUCUUCACAAACAAAAAAAAAACCUUAACUGUUUCCAUAGCACUUUCUUCACUCUAAGCCUGAGACUCAUAGUGAACAUUGUUCAUACUGCUGCGGAAUAUCAGCCAAAGGCCCUGAGGUUUUUGAAUGUGGCUUUUGAUUCUACAGGAGAUUCCUUCCUUGCCGGAGAUCACCAAGGCAAUAUUUAUGUUUUUGACCUCAGUGGAAACAGGUUUACCCUUGUUCAACGAACAUUGCAGGCUUCCACAGCUCUCGCCUUUAAUCUUCACAGGAAGACUGAAUUCCUGGUGGCUUUGGCAGAUUAUUCCAUUAAGUGUUUUGAUACAGUCACUAAAGAGCUGGUUAGCUGGAUGAGCGGACAUGAAUCUUCAGUAUUUUCCAUCUCUGUCCAUGCAUCUGGGAGGUAUGCAAUCACCACAUCACUUGACACAGCCCAGCUUUGGGACCUGGAUACUUUUCAGAGAAAAAGAAAGCUUAAUAUCAGCCAAUCUGUGGCCAUACAAAAGGUAUUCUUUCUUCCAUUCAGCAACACCAUCCUUAGCUGUUUUAGAGACAAUUCCAUCUUUGCCUGGGAAUGUGACACACUUGUUUGUAAAUAUCAAUUGCCGCCAACCCCUGCUGAAUCUGAUCUGAAGUACAAAGUUUUUGCUGUUACCAGAGACGGUCGAAUCUUGGCUGUUGGAGGUAAAUCAAACCAUCUUCACUUGUGGUGCUUGGAGACCCAACAACUGUUUAGAAUAAUCCAGUUGCCAACAAAAAUUCGAUCCAUUCGCCACAUAGAAUUUAUUCCUGAUAGUUUUGAUGCUGGUUCUAAUCAGAUUCUUGGAGUGUUAGGUCAAGAUGGCAUUAUGAGGUUCAUCAAUAUACGGAACUGUAAACUUCUUUUUGACAUUGGGACCCUUGAUGAAGGAAUCUGCACUUCAGUAAUUAGUCCAAAUGGACGAUACAUUACAGCAAUCAUGGAAAAUGGGAGCCUAAAUGUAUAUUCUAUUCAGGUUUUAACCCAAGAAAUAAAUAAGCCGCCUCCUCCUCUUGUGAAAGUAGUUGAAGACUUGCCCAAGAAGACAGGACCAAGUCAAAUGAAAGUAAGAGUGAUAGGAGGAAAGGUACAGCGGCCACGGAAAGCAAAGGACUGCAAAACCACGACCAAAAUAUUGAAAAACGUAAGGGACACCGACCUUGAAAAUAAAGAGAAUGACCUGCCAGAUGGUUUAUGCAAAAAAAGCCUGCAAACCUUAUUAAGAGGCUAUGGAGAAUAUCCAACAAAAUACAGGAUGUUCAUUUGGCGCUCCCUACUCCAACUGCCAGAGAAUUAUUCAGCAUUUAAUAGCCUGCUAGAUAAGGGUACUCACUCUGCAUUUAUCAACAUCCAUGAAAAAUACCCCAUCAAGAGUAGGAAAUUACUGAGGAUUUUACAGAGGACCAUGUCUGCAUUAGCUCACUGGUCUGCUAUCUUUGGUGACACUCCAUAUCUCCCUCUGUUAGCAUUUCCAUUCGUAAAAUUAUUCCAGAACAACCAACUCGUCUGUUUUGAAGUUAUUGCCACUCUCAUAAUUAAUUGGUGUCAACAUUGGUUUGAAUAUUUUCCUAAUCCGCCUAUCAACAUCCUCAGUGUAAUUGAAAAUCUUCUGGGCCAUCACGACAAGCAGCUGUUGCAGCAUUACAUGAACUGCGGAGUGACCGCCCAGUUAUAUGCGUGGCCUCUUCUAGAAACCGUGUUCUCAGAGGUUCUCACACGAGAAGAAUGGCUUCGAGUAUUUGACAAUGUCUUUUCCAACCACCCUUCGUUCCUCCUCAUGAUUGUGGUGGCCUACAACCUCUGCUGCAAGGCACCUCUACUCAACUGUAAUCUUAAAGAUGACUUUGAGUAUUUUUUCCAUCAUCGUAAUAACCUGGAUAUAGCUGUUGUAAUUCGAGAAGCCUAUCGCCUCAUGCUUUGCACCCCAGCUGAUAUUCAUCCGAAGAGUAUGCUUGAUGACUUUGUCCCACUGACAAAAAGUCAAUACCCAGUCUUUAAUAAGUAUCCCAAAUUCAUCGUGGAUUAUCAGACACAUGAACUAGAAAAAAUAAGGAAUGAUGAACUGGAGUACUUAAAAGAGAGGCAGGCAAUCCAUGAAAUGGAAGCUGAAAUACAGCGACAGAAAGAUGAAGAUGAAGUUUGGUACCAGAAACAAGAGCUGCUACGUGAGGCUGAGGACAAGAGGAGGGAUAUUCUUCUGGAAGAAGAGAAGAAGCUUUUGGAACAAAGAGAUAGACUAGUUGCAGUGAAAAGAGAUCUGAAAUUAAAAGAAAUACAGCUCCUUAGUGCUUCAAGAAAGCGUUUUCUGCAGAAUCAGCAAGACCAACGUGAAAUGGAACUGAGAAGACUAGAUGAUGAAAUUGAAAGAAAGAUAUCUUUGAGAGAUGAAGAAAUUGUGACUACAGCCAGAGAAGUAGGAUUACAAAAAUUGGAAAUCGAAACCCAAAGAAGACUCUUAGAACAGCGACUUGCAAAAAAUAGGGAACUUGCUUCCCAAGAAAUCAAAGAAGAUAUUGAUAACUACAGAAGAAAGAGUGAAAUCGAAGAGCGCAGGUUGCAGAAAGCCAUAGAGAUGGAUGAGUGUCAGAACCUGAGGACUCACAAGGUGAUCGAAGAAUCUUUGGCAGAUGCUGAACAAGCAUGUAUUGAUACCGACUGGCAAAUCCAGAUUUUACUUAAACGAAAAUUUGAUGAGGAAGAACGCAAAGCACAGUAUGAGGAGAUCGCCAGGCUUCUUCAGAGGAACAGAACUAAAGAAAUGGAGGCACUGAAUGCACUGAAGGGGUUGGAAAUAGGAAAGGGGAAAAAAGAUGAAGCGAAUCCUUUGUGGUCAUCAUCUUCGCAUACUCCUCUGUGUGAUCAUGUCAAAAGGAAAUAUUUUAAUGUGGCAUCCUCUGAGUGCCAGCACAGACAGGACGGACGCUCUGGCGACAGGCCUCUGGAGUUCAAGACCAGGAGCCCAGCCAAGCAGGCGUCCUCUGCCGUGCUGCCCGAAAGCCGUCUCCAUUUCAUUCCCGGGAUCGAUCCCGAAACACACUUUUCUUUGGAUCGCAAACGAGAAGAACUGGAAAAGAGGGAACAUGAACUCAUGUCCGAAAUAAGGAACCUUCGAUACAAGCACACCCAGCAGGCCCGUCAGAAACUCGGCACCCCACUUUCCCGCUUACAUCGCGAUACAAAUCUGCUCAUUACCUGAAACGGAUUGAGGUACACACUUAUUUGCAAUCAAAGGAACUGAUUUUAGAUCAUUUUAAAGUCUGCCUAAAUUAACCUUUUUGUAUAUAGAAAUAUGGUGUCAGUGAAAAAUAAUGUAUGCUUUGUAUAAGCUCUGACAGUUUAUUUAUCUUGUGCUUAUUGAAAUAAAAUCAUCUUUUUU